AUGACGUACCUUGUGCAUUUUCAAGCUCAAUACAGGAGAGAGCAGGAGGAUUGGAAGUUUGCUAUUAACACAAUGGUCUCCGAUUGGAUGCAGCAAAACGGAAACGAACCGGAAGUCGAACCGCGCAGACUGGAAUCGGCGAAUCCGGAAAAGGAGAGACUGUUCGACGAAGGAGAAGCAGGAGAGGAAAUAUAUGACGAUACGGAGGCGCCCCCUACUGCUCGUCCUAACUCCCCCACUCAGGCCUCCAUGUUACGAGGCCCAGGCUCUCACGUGGCUGACGACGACGAUGACGCCAUCUAUGAGGAUACAGAGGCGCCACCUACCGUCGCUCCAGUCACUACGUCACGCAGCCCCGGUACCUACGUGCAAGACGACGAUGACGCCAUCUAUGAAGACACAGAGGCGCCCCCUACCGCCCGUCUCAACCCUGCUCCUUCAGGCGCCAUUUUCUAUCCUCCCGCUGGUUAUUUGUCGGACGACACUGACGCCAUCUAUGAAGACACAGAGGCGCCACCUACCGCCUGUCCUAUCCCCGCUCCUGUGUUCCGUCCUGCUGCCGCCCAACCAGCCGACGACACGGACGACAUCUAUGACGACACAGAUGCACCAAGCGUGCGUCGCGACUGCCCGACGGUGUCGCCCCCUCCCAGACCGCUGCCGAGGGAGCCAUCCACACCUUCCGUGUACGACGUCCCCUUCAACAAAGCGUCUCCCUCCUCCGCCGCCCCCCCCCGCAAUCCCUCCCCCCGCCUGCCCUCCCCCCGCAUUCCCUCCCACCGCACGCUCCCUCCCGCCGCCGCAGCGCCACCUGGCGACCGCAGCAGCCGACCGAUCGACUAUGAGAACUGGUACUUGGCGACGUGGGACUGCGCGGCGGAGCAGCGGGACGAGCUGACGGUCACGAGGGGCGACAUGGUGCGCGUCGUCAGCAGAUGCUACGAGGACAGCGGAUGGUGGGUCGCCGAGCUAAACGGAAGUGUUGGCAUCGUGCCAAUUAAAUUCCUCACGCCCGCUUACACGCUGGUGGCGUGA